CAGUUAAUUGCCUCAGGACGAACUUAUACGAUGAUACUAAAGAAUUCAACGCUCGUCAGAUUGACGCUGAGAUUCUCGCGCUCCGAAACUACAGUCCCAACAAGAUGUGCCAUCACCGCAAGCACCGUUCAACCACAAGGUACUUCUGAUGCCACAUGGAAAGCUGCUAAGUCUUAUGAGUCCAUUCCGGGACCGAAACCGCUUCCGGUACUUGGGAAUGUCCUGAGGUUCCUUCCAGUUAUCGGUGAAUUCGGAAAUAUAUCUGCGGUGGAUUUGAUUAAGCAACUGCGUCAAAUGUACGGGGACGUUGUGAAACUUGAAGGAAUUCCAGGACGACGACGUUGCGUGUUUUUCUUUAACCCGGAAGAUGCGGAGAAGAUAUACCGGACAGAAGGAUCCUGGCCCAGUAGGAUCACCGCUGGACCACUAAAGCUGUACCGUCAGCGGAAGGAGGGUGUCUUCAAGGGAGAGUACGGCCUACUUCCCAGUCAGGGAGAGAAGUGGCAUCAGUUCCGGGUUAAAGUUAACCAGCACUUCAUGCAGCCCAGAACGAUUCUCCCACACGUGGGUCCGAUUGAUCAAGUGGCGACGGAUUUCAUAGAGAAGAUUCGCAGCCUUCGAGAUCCCGAAUCGCUCGAGAUGCCAGCCUCGUUUAACAACGAGAUAAAUAAAUGGGCUCUGGAAUCGAUAUGCAUGAUUGCAUUCGAUCAUCGAGUGGGAUGCCUCGAGCCCAAUCUUGCAAAGGACUCGGAACCUCAGAUCUUCAUUAACAACGUAAACGACAUGUUUGAGCUUAUGUACAAGAUCGAGAUUCUACCGUCGUUAUGGAAGUUAUACGAUACUCGAAAUCUGAAGAAAUUGUUCAACAUUUUAGACAACAUGACAAGAAUAACGAGCAAGUAUGUGAAUCAAUCGAAGCAACGUCUAGCCGAGAAGCAAGUGGAGGAUGUUGGCGAUAGAAGUAUGUUGGAAAGACUGAUCAGCGUCGAUGAGCAGACAUCUACCGUGAUGAUAAUGGACAUGCUGAUGGCUGGGGUUGACACUACGAGCACUGCUGUUUCCGGCGCAAUGUGGUACAUCGCGACAAACCCCAAAGCUCAGGAAAAACUUCGAGAAGAGGCAACUCAUGUUUUGCCGAAAAAAACGUCGCCGGUCACUGCAGACACUCUCAACAAUGUUCCAUACCUGAAGGCUGUUAUCAAAGAAAGUUUGAGGCUGGCACCAGUCGCGAUGGGCGUUCUUAGGACAACAAAUUCAGACGUCGUUAUUGGUGGUUACAGAAUUCCCAAAGGUAAUGACGUCGUCAUAUGUCACGGGCUGAUGAGCCUUGACCCUGAGAAUUUUCCGGAUAGCAUGAGAUUUAUUCCCGAGAGGUGGCUCCGGGAAUCUUCGAAUUCAAUGCAUUGUACCAAGAAUGCUCAUCCCUUCGCUUACAUGCCCUUCGGUUUUGGUCCACGUUCCUGCAUCGGGAGACGUUUUGCACAACUUGAAAUGGAAACACUCCUCAUAAAACUGGUGCGGAACUUCCGCCUUGAAUGGCACUACGGACCAUUAGAAAUUAAAAGCAGACUUCUCAACAAUAUAUCGACGCCAUUGAAAAUCAAACUUAUUGACAUCUAGCCCAAAAAAUCCUAUCAUUUCUCUAUGGAGGG